UAAACAUAAGGCAAUUAGCAAGAUAUUUCACUUGUAUGUAUAUUGUUCCAACAUGGCGGGCAUCUUAAAGAUGCGCGCGAAAAAAAGAGAGCCGUAGAAGCGGCUCCCGAUCGAUGAGAAUUCGCUCGGUGAGGCUCGAGUGAGUCGAACGUGAUCAGGUCGGUUAGUAAUUCCUUAGCGAAGAGAGACCCGGGAACGCGCACACGAUAGCAACACGAAACACGGUACGGAUAAUAUGCGUCGACGACCGGCGGCGCCGUCGCACAUGCGCGCCCUGACGCGCCCCUGUUCGUCCACCGAUUUCGAUUUUAGUCACUCCCGGGUUCGGCUUCGGGGAAAAUCGUUUCGCUUCCGUAGAGAGCCACAUUGUCGAGACGCGUCGUGAAAAAAACUUGCACGGAACUUAGUAACGAUUCUGUCGAUCAAGUAGAUACAAACGCGUCCCUCACGAGCUACAUAUAUUCUUAUAUUCGACGAUCUUCCGUUCGAGUACAUAUUUGUACAUUAAAAGAGUACCAUAAAAGAAAAGGAACAGAAUUUUUUGGCGAUUUUUUUUCUUUGUGUAGUCGUUGGCUACGGAUGAUCAUAUCCAAUACCGAUUUAAUCAUUAGACAUUUACACGGCAACGAGAUUAGACACGCCGAGAAUAACGCGAUAGAAAACCAGUGUUGAUCUGAUCGAAAAAGAAUCGAGAACACGGUGAAAGAAAUUGAACAAUUUGUAGUGUAGUUUGAAUAUCACUCCUGGGAAUCGUGCAAGGGUCAAUAAAUUGUCGCGUGGUCGUUGGUACAACGGUUUCUGACGCGAUACAACACAAAAUUGAACCGGUUCGUAGUCGCGAAUCGAAUGACCGGAUUGGAUUAAGUGACGCUGCGACAGAUGACAAAAAAGAGAGGAACAAAGACACAAGGAAAAAAAGCACAGAGGUACGGUAGACGUAGCAGUGGCGUGUGCCACUCGAUAUCGUGCUCAGUCGCAACGGUUGCCAUUUUAUAGCCGGUCGCUCAAGAGAGAUCUUCGGGGAGGCAAGAAGGAGAGGGAGAACUAAAGAAAACGCGCUGCGAAGUUGGCGUGGAGGUCAAAUCGUAAGCAGCGCGACAAGAACGAAGACGACGGCUACAACGGCGGGUCGGCUUGUACUGGUGGCCUGUAAGGACACCGUGAAGCUGACUAGCCGCCAACUCCUGCAGGGACAGCAACCUGGUCGAAAUUGCAACACAUCGGUCACCACGUCUUCCAACGAGGAUAUCGUGGAGGCCAUUCGGCUCGAGGAUAUCGCGAUGAAGCAAGAACCUGAAGAUGAAAAAGAUUUUUAUUUAGAGGCGGCUGAAUUGCCAUCUCUAUCACCUUCGACUAAUCGUCAUGCAGGUGCUACACACCGUGUUCGUUCCCAUACACGUAGCCUUCGUGCGAUGACAAAUCCAAGCGCAGUUUGGGCACAUUUUGACCUAUGUGCAAAUGAUCCUUUGCGAGCUCAAUGUCGAAUUUGCGGUGCGGUUGUUGUCAGAGGCGGAGCGAAUCCACGUCAAUGUGGUACAACGAAUCUUCAUCGACAUCUUAGAGUACAUCACGGUGGCAGACUCAUUGGCAGUCAUUAUCAUGUAUUACAAUCACCUUCUUCAAGUAAUUCAACUGGCAAAACUAUAAGAAUAGCAGCGCAGUCCUUGGUAAGAUCUCAUAUUAGAAACAUUGCACCAGCACCUAUAUCACAGCAGCAACAACAACAACGUCAACCAAAGACUCUUGUGUUAAAAACAAUUCCCCUAAAAGUAAAGCAGGUUGCACCUACAACUAUUAAAAUGCCACCACGACAAACUAGUCAAGGAAUACCUCAUAAUAUUGUACAUCAACAACCUACAGAGGUUUGUUUAAGAUGGAACAGUUAUCAUAGUAAUAUGCAAAACAGUUUUCCAUCUUUACUAGAUUCUGAACAGUUUGUUGAUGUUACAUUGGCUUGCGAAGGCCGUUCGUUAAAGUGUCAUAAAAUGAUAUUGUCAUCCUGUAGCGAUUAUCUCGCAGAUUUAUUACGAGAAAAUCCGUGUCAACAUCCAAUUAUUUUAAUGAAAGAUCUUAAAUUUUGGGAAGUUGAAGCACUAGUCAAAUUUAUGUAUCGCGGAGAAGUGAAUGUAGCUCAUGAUAAACUGCCCCAACUAUUGAAUGCAGCUGAGGCAUUACAAGUGAAAGGAUUAGCUGGACCCAAUCCUUCUUCACAGAAUUCAAAACCACCUUUACUUAUUCCACAAUCAAAGCCAAUAAUAUCUCAACCAGUUUCGCGAGUCGCUUCAGAGACCAAAGAAAAAGCUUCCACUUCCGGAGUUUCUACGCUUGCUAGUCCUAAACGUGCGCAAAAACGACAACAUUCAGAACCAAUUGAACCAAAACCCUUUACUAAAAUACGUUUACAACGACCUGUUACACCUACAUCACCAACUACUACAGUUAAACUUGAACCUUUAGAUAUUCCUCUCAGUCCUACAGAGAUAUUUCCUGAAAAUAAUGAAGACAGUUCAACUCCGUCGAACUUUGACAAACUUAUGAGUUUACAUGAAGAAGAUGAUCCAGGUGGUAAUGAAACUAUUGAUGGUGAAAGAGAAAUUAAUUUCUGUGAGAUACCUGAACCGCCCGAUAUAAAUGAUAGCGAAGAUCAAAUGGAAUUCGUACCUACGGACUUUUUAGAACAGGAACAAGAUAUAGUCGAAGAAACUGAAAUAGCCACGAACAAAGAUUGCAAAGAAGAAACCAGAGAGGAUAGUUCUGUUGAACUUGAAGUCGGCGAAGGAAAUGGAGUGAAAAAAGAACAAUGUUCAAAAGAAAAAAAACCAGUUUAGUAAGAUAAUCAGUGAAUUCAGUACUUGGUUUGUUUAUUAAAAUAAGAUCUAUGUUUGAUUUUUUUAAAAUAGAUUUUUAGAAUCAUCCAGUAUUGCCAUGAAAUCUUUAUUUUUUAUUGAAUAUUGAUUUCGAUUAUUUUCUUUUUUUUUCAGAAUUAAUACAAAAAAUACAUAAUUAUGAAAUUAUUAAAAAUACAUAAUAAUUAUGUAUAUAUUAUUUUUAUGAUAAUGUUUUACAAAAUUUAUCGUUACAAUAGAUUUCAUAAUUUGAAAAUUCUAUUUUAUUUAUAUUUGAUCAAUUAAAAUAUAGUGUGAAGUUAUAUAAUGAUAUAUCAUUUAUUCUUAGAGUAAUAUGGCAAAUAUUUCAUCUACAUUGUAAAUAGAACGUAAACGAUAAAAAAGUAAAACUAUUUUUACCACUUACUACAUGAAUCGUAGUGAUACGAUAUAUAUCGGAUAUCUUUCGAAUAUUUUCUCCAAGUACACAGUUCAAAACUGAUAUUUCUAUACAAAAAAUAAUGCCAGAAAAUAUGAUUUAAGUAAAGAUUACUAAUUAAUUGUAUAUAAUUACAAAAGUACCUAUAACUAAUUUUAGUUUAAUCGUACAAUUAAAAAUUUGAGUUUGACAUUGACGUUUAAUUAUUACAACGUCUUUAAUUAUUAUAAUAUCAUAUCUUUAAUUAUUACAAUUUAUUUGUUAAAAAAAACUCGAUCUACACUUUUAUAUUAUAAUCUUGUAAUUCAGAUUAACUUCAGUAAUCAAGUAGAAGUUAAUCAAUCAUUUUAAAUAAUGCAAUUUUUACUUUGAAUCAUUGUUGAAAAUUUACAGAUUACCUUUCUAUUUCUAUUACAAAUAUGCUAAUAACAUACAAAGAAUGUUGCUUCUUUGAUGAAAAGUUGUACCUGUUAACUUGAAAAGCGUUUGCAGUAUAAUCUAAUGAAGAAACAGUACAACAAAUUAAUGUUUUUUUGUGUUUUAUUUUUCUUUAUGUUUAUUCUAUUCUUUUAUUAUAUAUAUUGUAUGUAUGCAUUAUUUGAAAUGGUAUGUCUGAUUUUACUAAUAAAUUAAUAGAAAAUCAAUGCAUUUAUAAUAUAUUAAUCAUAAAAAAUUAAUAUUAUAUCAAAUUGCAAAAUUAACAAAUUGAUAACUCAAUGUUAUAUUUUUUAUUAUUGUAAUCUUUUUCUUAGAUUUUUAAAAAUUAUGUAUUUUUUUUUUUCAAAAAAAAAUUAUUAUACCUGUAUGUAAGCGUUAUGUAAAAGUAACAUUCUACGUAUAUGGUAUAUAUUACAUAGAAGCUAGAGGCAAAAUUUUAUUGUAAAAAUCUAUAUCUAUAUGAUUGGAAAGUAUAUGUACAUUGUAACAUGUGAAAUUAUGUCUUAUAAAUAAAUUGCUAUAAUAGUACAUAGC